AUGAGGCACGUCUAUGGAAGACCGUGUAGAUCUCCUAUUUGUUGGGCAGAGGUGGGUGAUAGUGAGCUGUUGGGUCCUGAUAUUGUUCAAGAGAGGAUUGAGAAGGUCUCUAUUAUCCGAGAUAGGAUCCGAACGGCGCAAAGCAAACAAAAGAGCUAUGCCGAUUUGAAGAGAAGGCAAGUGGAGUUUAAUGUUGGGGAUCAUGUGUCCUUGAAGGUCUCACCUACAAAAGGAGUAGUGAGAUUUGGCAAGGGGAAGUUGGCUCCAAGGUAUGUAGGGCUUUUUGAGAUUUUGGAGAAAGUAGGAGAUUUGGCUUAUUGGCUUGCCUUACCUCCUAUCAUGUCCGAGGUAUACAAUGUGUUUCUUGUGUCCUUGUUAAGGAAGUAUAUUCCGAAUGCAUCACAUGUGAUUGACUAUAGUACUAUCAAGAUGAAUGCGGAUGCAACCUUUGUUGUUGAACCGGUUCGAAUCAUGGAUAGAUCAACCAAGAGGCAUCGAAGGAAGGAAGUCGAUUUGGUUAAGGUGUGUUGGAGUCACCAUGAUGAGGGUGAUGCAUCUUGGGAGUUAGAGUCGGACAUGAGGGCUAAGUACCCCAAGUUGUUUUUGGGUUAG